CUCCUUCCCGGUCCCGGCUACCCACAGGCCGCAGUGCCCCGCUUGCUAUUUUCCGCCGCCAACGUUCUCCCUCCUCCCCGCCCCCACCUCCGCUUCCUCCUACGCGCCACCCACACGCCUCGCGUCCGCCUCCCCGCCUACACCUCCCCAUUCUCCAGCGUCCCGCGCCCCGAGAAGCGCUGCAGGCCUCACCUUCCCGUCCUGCUGCCCCAGGAACCGCGGUUCAGGAAGGAAGGAAGGAGGAAAGGCAAGUGCCUGCCGGUGCCGGGGCUCAGCAGCGCGCGAUGGCGUACAGGGCGGAGGACGACUACGACUACCUCUUCAAGGUCGUUCUUAUCGGCGACUCCGGCGUCGGCAAAUCCAACCUGCUCUCCAGGUUCACACGCAACGAGUUCAGCCUCGAGUCCAAGUCCACCAUCGGGGUCGAGUUUGCCACCAGGAGCAUCAGGGUCGACGACAAGGUCGUCAAGGCCCAGAUCUGGGACACCGCCGGCCAGGAGAGGUAUCGGGCAAUUACAAGUGCGUACUAUAGAGGGGCUGUUGGUGCACUUGUCGUGUAUGAUGUGACACGUCAUGUGACCUUUGAGAAUGUGGAGAGGUGGUUAAAGGAGCUCCGGGAUCACACUGAUGCAAACAUUGUCAUAAUGCUUGUUGGCAACAAAGCUGAUCUGCGACACCUUAGAGCUGUAUCCGUGGAGGAUGCCAAGGGCUUCGCUGAGAGGGAAAUGACCUUCUUCAUGGAAACAUCCGCGCUGGAGUCCAUGAAUGUUGAGAGCGCUUUCACCGAGGUCCUAACUCAGAUCUAUCGUGUCGUCAGCAAGAAGGCCCUUGACAUUGGCGAUGACCCUGCUGCUCCACCAAGAGGGCAAACCAUCAAUGUUGGUGGCAAGGAUGAUGUCUCUGCUGUGAAGAAGGCAGGGUGCUGUUCAUCCUAAAUCACUUGUGACCAUGAAAAGGAUUAAAGGAACUAUAUACUCACCCCGGUCAUAUGAUUGGUAACUGAAAAUAUGACUCUUGUGCUGCCUAACCUGGUGGCUAUUAGAUUAUGUUGGUACUCCAGAGACAUGAUUUAGAGGUUAAGAAUUUGAUUCCAAGUUGGGACAAAAAACUUACUUUUCACGGUGUCAUUGAUAUUCAUGGCUUCGUUGUAUGGUUCAUAUGCGCUACUGUUCCACACUAGUUGACAUUAGAAUCCUCCCAAUCCCUCACUGCGUAACAUACCCUGCUAAAAGUGUUGUAAUUGGAGCUACUGAUGUUUUCUUACUGGGAGCAAAGAGUCUAACCUUUUCUUUUUUUAUGUCACAAUGGGUUAUGUUCCACUCGGUAAAUGCCCAUCUCUCAUUGGUAGGCAGCAAGUGUUAGAGGGUUAUAUCAUGUAAUUCUCUCAGAUGUACAAAAUUUGGAUUGAAGGUUUAUGAGGCUAUUUACUGUCAUGUUCAGAC